UGUGGCACAUCGCUUUAAAAAAACGUUGUGUUUGCAGAGAGGCGUGGAGAGAGAGAGAGGAGAGAGAGAGGAGAGAGAAAAGAGAGAGAAACACCAUAGCCUGAAAAAAAGUCUCAAAUCUCUCAGUCGUCGAUCUUGCUUCUGGUAAUACGUAUAGCUGUUGAGCUGCUUGUCUUGUUUGAGGGAGCAUGAGUAUGGAGGCGGCUACGGUUGCGCCGAGAUUGCAAAUUUCAACAUGGGUGGAUUCCGACAAGGUUGCGAGGAGGCUGCGGACGCGCUCGGCGGCCUCCUUCUCUCCGAGAUUGAAGGACCGAAACAUGACCCAGGUGCUGCUGCCUCACCUACCAACCUCAAAAGUCUCCAAUCGACAACGACAUGUCGCCUUGGAGGUUUCAUGCUCUUACAAUAACUUUCCAGCUUCGACAGUGGAAUCUGGAAAUUUUCAUACUCUCGAUGAAUCGCUGGUUUUGAAGAAUAAGGCACUAGCAAUCGAGCCAUAUUUGAAUGGACGUUGUAUAUAUCUUGUUGGUAUGAUGGGAUCUGGGAAAACAACCGUUGGCAAGAUCAUGGCACAAGCACUUAGUUAUUCAUUCAUUGAUAGUGAUUCAUUGGUGGAGCAUGAUGUUGGUGGAACUUCCGUAGCUGAGAUUUUCAAACUCUAUGGAGAGGGAUUUUUCAGAGAUAAGGAGACUGAGGCGCUACGUAAACUGUCUUUGAUGCAUCGUUUAGUUGUUUCUACGGGUGGAGGUGCAGUUGUACGCCCUGUCAACUGGAAGUGUAUGAAGAAGGGGAUUAGUGUGUGGUUAGAUGUUCCCUUGGAAGCCUUGGCUCAGAGAAUUGCAGCUGUGGGAACUGGUUCUCGGCCCCUUUUGCAUCACGGGUCAGGGGAUGCAUACAGAAAAACUUAUAUGCGUCUGACUAGUCUUUUUGAAGAGAGAGGUGAUUCAUAUGCCAAUGCCAAUGCUAGGGUUUCCUUGGAAAAUAUUGCAGCCAAAUUGGGUUAUAGAGAUGUAUCCAAUCUCACACCUACUGCCAUUGUGAUUGAGGCGCUUGAACAAAUUGAAAGCUAUCUGAAGGAAGAACACAGGCAUGCACAUAUUACGUUCUAAGACGGCAGAACUUCCGUGUUGCAUUCUUGUGGUAUAUUUAUUAUUUUCCUUUGCAAACAUGUUUAAGUUUCUCUAGUAACGAAAGAUGGUGUGGUCUUGUGUUUAUUGUGUUAAUGGGGAUUUGUCAUGCAAAAGUUAGCAGCAAACAAGUAUUGUAAGAUUUUGAAUGUAAUGUUAAGUACGCUGUUGCUGUAUGUAUAUGUUGUAGCUGUAUAACGUUAAUUUCUGUACGCUGUUCUAGUAAAUUAUGGGAACAAAUUUUCUCCUUGAGCAAUGAAGUCGUAGCCAAAUUUUUUUGCA